GCGCGCGCGCGCGGGGACAGGUUAGAAGGGGGCGUGGCUUGUGAACUACCUGCAGCAGGUAGGUUCGCGUCACCCGCUGCUCCUCAGUCGCUGUUUUUCCUGCUGCAGGUCGAAGGUGAAUCUCCUCAGCAGGUGAGUUUUACCUCUCAGCUGCCACCGGACGAUUGGCACCCGAAACCUCACCUGAGUCGCCGGAAGCGUGGAAGAGUGAUCGACGUGCUUCUCUUCCCCGCCAACGUUUUCCACGUUCUUCCGCGAUGAGCUCGUCCAGCAGCCGGUGGCGAAUAUGGUGCCGUCUACAUGAAACACAGCUUUACACUGUGUGGCCCACCAGGACUCAGUAUAUCGGCUACAAAAAGAAACGUAAAUCUGACAUGAUGUCAGGAUGCCUUGGUAACAUCAUCCCCGCCGCUGUUUUGCCUGGAGACGAAGUGAGGGACAUGGAGCCGUUUCCUUCCACCUCGUCUCCGCUGGAGCUGAGCGGGGAGGAAACGCAGCGAGUGGACGGCAGCUGGAGCCGAGACGGAGACCUGCGGGGAUGUGGACAGUUGGAGAGGAGGUGGGUCCUCUGGCACGAGUUCAUGAAGGAACACGCCCACCUGGACACGUGGCUGCGAUCGGCCGAACAGGCCGUCAGUUCCCCCGACUCCGCCCACCUUACCUACACCGCCGCCAAGGAAGAACUGAGGAAGUUUGAGCUUGCCGUCCCUCUCCCUGCCUCGUGUCUGUUGACCCUCUGUCUUUUGCAGUCCUUCCAGCAGUGCGUGCUCGUGAACUCGGGCCGCGUGAACGCCCUCCUGCGGCGCGGCGAGGCGUUGAUCCAACGCAGCGAGCCGACCGACGGCCAGCGCGUAGAGAGCCGACUGCUGGAGCUGCUGCGCCGCUGCGGCCACGUCUACGGCAGCAUCGCGCGGACACACACGCGGCUGCUCAGCAUGAGACUGGUGUUUGAGGACGACUGGAUUCUGUCAGAGGCUACAGACUCUGGUUGUCCCUCAGAGACUCUAUUGGAAGAAGAGGGGGCGCUUGAUAAACCUGAUCUGGACCUCCCUGCAGUUUCAAACCAGACUAAAGCUAACCCCACCUCAGCCUUCCCCUCAGACCUGCCUUCGCCCAUUCACCACCCUCCUCCUCCUCCCCCCUCACCGUCCUCUCCUACCCAUGAGCACCUGGGGUUGGAGUGGGACCCCUCUGUUGAUAUCGGACGUUCUGUCUCCUGUGACGACAGCGACUCAUCGUAUUUCACUGCCAGCACAGGACUGUGUCAUAGAGAUGGCCUGAAGAGGUGGAGCUACCUCAGUUCCCUCAGCUCUCAGUCCGACUUCGGCAAUGGCAUCACAAACCAGGAAGCAGACUUGCGACUGGGAUGGCUGGACCACACCCACCCCGGUGUCUUCUCGCCAGUAGCACCCCAGGAGUGGGAGCCACGGCUGAACGGGGACCAGUGGGCGACCUCGACUCCUGACAGAAAGGACAGCGAGCCAAUCAGCUUCGACGGCGGGCGGGUGACGGCGUGGCUGGGAGGCCAGAGCCGGGCCCCUCCGGAGGGUACGACUUCCUGUUCCAAAGCCGUGCAGACUGACGGGGAGGCUAAAGAAGAGCCGUCCUGUCGUGAAGAAGCUGAGCAUCUUCUCCCCGAACGAAGUGUUGCCUCCAGCAGCAGGGCCUCCUCCUCCUCCUCCCUGCUCUCCCCGGCCCUCCUCUUCGUCCUCCUGGCCGCAGCUCUGGCCCUGCUGGCCUGUCUGCUCUGGGUCCUCCUGGAGUCGCCGUGCCAUCGCAGCAGCAGGAUGCCACAUAACUUACACCUCACGCUGAGAUACGUCAACGGGCCCCCGCCUACCUGAACACCGGCCAAAGACUCUCGUGGACAGAGUUUGGACACGGCGCUUUCCUCUGGCUCUAGAGGACAGAGGUUUGCAACUCAUCAUGCUAAUUUCAAGUAACCAACAAGUCCGGCGCAAACGUCAAAAGCCUGACGGAAGUCUGCAGGAAAAGCAGGAUGAAAAAGCAGGUCAAUAAAACCUCUGUUAAACAUGCCUCCACAAUCCCAGCAACAGCAGUUUUGUUUCUUUUUCCCUGACAAUCUUCCACUGUAAAUUUCCAUCAUUAUCCGUCUACCUACCUACAAAAUUAGCUCCUUCGCACGUUGAAUUCAGGUUGCUGUUUUAGUGCAACCCUUGUUUCUAGGUGCGUAACUAUCAACGACUGAAUAGCUAACUACAGCUGUUCCUUUUUGUCCCCCCCCCCCCCGGAAGUAAAAAAGUGAGCAUCAGUACUAAGUGAAUGCUCAAACACCUGAACACCACUGAAAAAAGACAAACGUUUCUCGUGAUUCAUCCUUUAAGACUUUUUCUUGGGAGACGACAAUGUUUUGCCAGUGAAGUGAGAGACUUUCUCUCUCUGCCGUCGACAUAAUUUUCCCCCUGAACUCUCUCAAAAUGGGCGUCAGUGUCUAUGAAGAGAAUCAGAUUAAGGCAGAUUAGUGCAUCAGUAUCGGGGGGGGGAAAAAAAAUUGAUUUGUACUUGAAAUGGCUGAAAUAAUCUCAUCACAAUGGCAUUUUUUUUAAUGUAAGGACAAUAAGAUUAAGACUUGAGCAUACAAAUAAAUCUUUGGCUUUCAAAACAGUCAUUUGACCAAAAAAAUAAAAUAAAAUAAAACCCAUUAAAUCCUCAGGUCCAGUAACUACAUGACUGUGUAAAAUGGAGUGCAGUGUAUUUUUUUUUAUUUUUUCAUUAAACACUUCUGGACAAACUUCUCCACACAUCUGCUGUUUGAGCACAAAGAAUGGCAACAUGACAUUAACAGGUUGCAGACCUUCAUAAAUAUGAGCUAUUGUUGAUGACUGUGCCUGACAGCACCUGAAAUACGACUGGUAAUCCGCACAAAAAGGUACCAGAAGGUUGUUGUUUUCAGUGAGAGAUUUCAGAUAUGCUUUCUCGCCUGCUUGGAAACUGGUGGUUAAACUCCUGAAAGAUGGAAACACGGAUCUAAUCCCUAAUUCCACGGAGAAACAAAACCACAUCAGCUACUGAUCGUCUUCUGUUUGAUACGUCCGAACAAGAUCCGUCUCAUUGUGUUGCUCCACGCCCAGCACCUUGUCCCUAGUUUACUUCUGUCCUGAAAUUCUCAGCUAUGCUGUUGGUUAAAUGAACACAGCGUAAACAUGAUAUCUUAGACUUUAAAUAUAUCCCUCUCAUGAUUUCACCCGGCCAGCAACUACAUUUAUUCAGUUUUAUCCCGGGGCAGAAAACUCUUAAGCGCUCACGCCUUAAACUUUACUGUGCAAACUAAAGCAGAAUGUGUGAGACCCAUCGAGAAGCUGUAAUACGUAGUGAUAUAUUUUCAUUUACCUCCGAAAGUGUUGGUCAGCGAACAGCGUCCGCAACUGCCUUAUACCGGACUGAUGCUACGCUACAUUAUUGUAUCAUUGGCCGGUCAGAUGUUCACUUUAAUUGCUAAUUCUGAUUUUGUUGGUUGCAACCACUAUGUGCAAGUCCUGAAAAGCCGAACAGGGAACGUAGAAGACCCCGUCCUCACAGCAGUCGCCAGACUAGUACGGUCAGUGAGUUUAGCACGGGAAAGAGCCGCUGUGCUUAUUUUGAUCGCGUUUCGGGAAAUGAGGGUCGAAUGUGUUUUGAAGAAUAGGAAUGAAAGCAUUUGCAGUCUUUGCUGAGGCAGUAUAUGCCGUCAGAUAGAUACAGUGUAUGGUGGAAACAUUGCCGGGGUUGAAAAGUCGGAUCUUCUUUAUCCUGACCCCUGACUUGCUGGGCGGUUUUUACCUCCAUAUUUCCUGACUGACGAUUUCAUGAACUUGUAGAAACACGGCCCCAGCACUGGCGGGAGGUGCAGCCAACAGUCCCACCCCGGUCACGUUCGCAUUAUUGUGUAAAACUUCUGACGGUUAUGGCCUCAGGUCUAUUGCCUUGCUAUCUGUGCUAAUGCAGCUAAAGCUAACGUAGAGCACGCAGCUUACGGCCGAGUGGCAUUCAUGUCAGAAUGACGAGGAAGCACUUGGUACUGGGUAUCAAGCCCCAACUGUCCUGUCACACCGUGAUAGCGCUUGUAUUUAUAAUUGAUAUGUUUUGUACCAAGUUGCAUAUUCGCAGUGAAAAAUGACUUAUGGGGAAAUUUGUAUUGAACCGAACAUUUAUGUUUACGUUUUUUUUUUGUUGUCUUUCUUUUAAUGUUUUAUCCCAAACUACAAAUUUCAUGCACUGUGCACUGCUGCUUAGCCUUUUCUAAAGCACAUCAGUGUUUUUAGAUUUAUGAAAGUGGUUUUCCUAGUUAACUGGCAGCCUUUCCAACUCUAUGAAAAUAAUCUUGCAGAGACAUGAAGCUUUCUGCGGAGAGAUAAUCCAUCACAGUCAAGAUUCUGUCUUUAUUUGUUGGAGUCAGAGUUGUGUCACCGGCGCGCUGCUUUUUCCAAAGAACUAUGAUUUCGCCUCGACCAAAACAAGAGCGUGCGCAUGAUAGAUUAUCCCUCCGCAGGUGGUUUCAGGUCUCUGCCGC